AUGUUUGGUCCUUUGAAUCUAUUACUUAUACUUUAUAUCCCACUUGAAUUGGAUUUGGGUACUGUUCCAUUUUUACUAUCAUUUCAUAAGGUAUCAUUGUUGACAAACUUUGAGGACGCCGAAGAUUAUCUUGACUGGGAGAUCGGUGUCCAUGGUAUUUGGAUUGAGUUCGUUGAUGAUCAUAACCGUCGUAGAACUGCUACUUUUUUACCUGAGGUUGCCGAAGAGCAAGGCUGGACCAAAGAAGAAACUAUCGAUUCUUGUCUUCGCAAGAGCGGCUUCAAUGGUCGAAUCACGGAUAGGAUUCGAAGUCGUAUAGUACUUACGCGCUAUCAGAGCGUAAAAUGUAUUAUUACUUAUCAAGAAUAUCUUCAAUAUAUCGUUGAUAAUUCGAACCUUAACACAAAACAUGAAAAUAGAAAGUCCAAUUCUAAAUUGUAUUUUGAUGAAUUCACUAUUGAUGAAUUGAAUUAA